AUGCGUCCACGACUCCCAAUCCGUAGGGUAUUAUUCCUACGGCCCUUUCGCCCUCCAAACAGCACCCGACUGUUCACCCGUAACACCCUGCCUCACACCCGACCAAGUUUACAAUUCCUCUCCCCACCAACCCGUCGCAUCGCCGCCCGUUACUUGACCACAGAAACGAAAGUAUGGCUGAAGGACGAAGUCAAAAAAGGGUUAAAGAUCACAGCCUAUGCCUACGCAUUUGCUGCAUUAGCUGUUGUCAUAGCACUGGGCGUACACACCGAAUGGACGGAAAGGAACUACCAUCCGCCACCUGAAUGGACGUGGUCUACCAGGACUCAAUGGAAAACGGCAAAGCUGGCAUAUGAUGAAGAUGAGGGGGAGAAACCAUUUAUUGACUGGCCCCAGAUUGGUCAAUUUAUGCGUAUAGCAAUCGAGAGACUUGAAAACCCAAACGUGGACGGGGCGGGGCUGGAGAAGCAGGGUGAUGGUGGGAUUUGGGUUGAUGGAGUAGGAGAGACAGGAUAUGAUAUUACGAACAAAUCGGAGCCGUGGAGGAGAGGCUAUUAUGAUGCGCUAUUUUUGGCUGCGAAGUCUUCCGAGUACCUCGAGGAAUGUAUGAAGGAUAAAGUGUCUGGAGUUAUCGUUCCCAAGAAAUACGUGAUAGGACCUUCGAAUCCAAAACCGAGACCGAUGCCUCCUGGGAGCGGUAUUCAAACACCACUCGAAGAGAAUUCCGAGCCUUGUUUCGAACCUCCUCAGCAUUAUUACAUGAAGAUCCUUACCACCAAAGGCUUCACCGAGAGGCAGUACGUCGACGCGGCGCUAGGAUACGCAGGAUAUCUCGAUUAUAAACAAGCCCCCGAAACAGCACUAGAAAUGUACAAAUGGGCAAUGGACCACGCAACCUCAAGCCCCGAAGCAAAAUCAGUCAUUGAUACCAAAACCGGAAUCCUAACCAACACCAAAGCCCCCUCCGAAAAUAUCCUCAACGUCAGUCGAGCCCUCGCAGUCCACCACGCUCAAAACUCCAACAUCACUCUCGCCCUCCCAAUUUUCCUCUCCGUCCUGCGCGCCUACCGUUCCCUCCCCGAACCCCCUCCACCACCACCACCCCAACCACGCGAAGCGCGAACAAUAUCUAAAGCCCUGACCCGAACCAUCAACACCCUCUUCACAACCCCACCACACCCACCGCCUCCCCCCGACGGGACAUCCCAACCCCUCCGCACCCCCUCAACCCUCUGCACCGAAGCCGGACUCAUGACGAACAUCGGCGAGAUCCUCUAUUCUUCCACCCCUAGUAUACGCAGCAAAGAAGACGGCCUAGCAUGGACACGAGAAGCGGUCGACAUCGCUGAAGAACAGCUGACACGAUCACGAUUGGAUGGAGAGGGGAUUAAGAAUUGUAAACAAUGCUUGGGUGUCGCGAUUGAGAAUUGGAACGCCAUGGUCGAGUUACUAGCGAAUGAGGAACGGGAGGCGAAGAAAGGUGGUGUGAAAAAGAAAUCUACGGGGUGGUUUGGGAAGGAGGAGGUAAAAGAGGAUGGAUUGGGGAGGUGGGAGAGUGAGGAGAUUGUUGUUAGGGAGAAACGCAGAAGGGCGGGGGAUAUUCUGGAUAAGGGACCCAGUCCGCCGAAGAGGAGGAGUCCGUUGUCGUUUUUGACUGUGUAG